AACCUUGUGCGUCAAUUUGUGGCAUGUUGUUUGUUUGUUUAAUUGCUGCCACUCAAGCAUCGCUUCUGGCUUCGGUAAAAAGUGUACAUUAUAUUUCGUUGUUUAUGUUGAAUGAAAGUACCUGCGCUGUAAACCAAUAAUACACUGCAUCAGAUAUUUAUCCAUCGCAAUACGCAACAAGUGAAUAAGCGCAAGUAUUAUUGCAUCAACGCGUACGAAAGCUGAUGUUUUAGGCACGUCUCCGAAUCAGCGAGUGUUAAUUGCUAAUUGCCCGUAGUAAUUAGAUUAAACUCACGGCUACUCAUUGCCAAGACACACCCACAAUUCGAUUCAAAACAUGGCAACGCUAGACGACAAGCUGUUGGGUGAAAAGAUACACAACUAUUGCAGCAGCAGCGAAGAUGAGGCCGGAGACGAUGAAUGUGAUUCGAGCGAGGCUUCCGGUACGGGGAAGGGCUCCGGUAAGCAGGGCACAUCAUCGAAAUCCGGAUUUCGUCGGGAAGCCGAUAUUGAGCCCAGCUCGUUGUCGCAGAACAAGACUCACUGGACAGGUACGGCGGGCAAUACUGGUCCGAAGGGUGUGAUACAAGAUUGGCAGAGGUUCAAACAAUUAGAGGCCGAACGGCGAGAGCAGGAUGAAAUGGAAAAGGUGCGCUUGCUUAAGAAACUCAGCAUUACCGCACGCACCAAGGAAGAGGACAAGGCGGCCGAAGCGAUGAACGAGCUGGACGCUGAGUUCCAGGAGCUAAUGGAUGAGGAUUUUCUGCUUGAGUAUCAGCGGAAGCGGAUGGCCGAGAUGCUUGCGAUGAUGGACAAAAAGGGUUGCUUCGGGGAACUGAUCCACCUGAAGGAUGGUGGCGAAUUCUUACAGGCCGUCGAUAAGGAAGAUAAAAACGCGACCGUUGUCAUACAUAUCUACCGUGAAAAGUAUGAUCCAUGCAUCAAGAUGAAUGAAGCCCUGAGCAAACUAGCGAAGGAGUACACGAACGUAAAGUUCUGUAAAUUCAUUAGCAGCGAUGCUGGGUUGAGCAAUUUGUUCAAAACAUCCGGCGUUCCUGCACUGCUGAUUUACAAAGGAGGACAGAUGAUCGGUAACUUUGUAAAGCUGGUCGACGAUCUGAGCGAUGAGUUUGAUUUUGCCGACGUUGAGAGCUUUCUGGUGGAGAAUGGAAUCAUCAAUGACAAAUCCUGCAAACCGACCAUCUUUGAGCAAAAGUAGAACAAGGAUCUCAUUUUUACUUACAAGAACAAAUUAUAUUUUAUGAAAAAAAUGAAAAGAAA